UUUCAUCCCUUCAGUUUCGCUUCAUUGCACACACACUCAUGGAAACUGGUAUUCGAGACACACUUUACUUGGAGUUUACCUAUAUAUCAUUAUUAGCCGCAACCACAUAAACCUGAAAUCGCCUUAUUUAUUGUUUAUUAACUAAAUGUAACAGCUGUGAACACGGCAUUGCUUUCUAACCACAACACAAACCAGGUGAAGCGUCUUUACACAUUGCAUCAGUCAGUUCCGGGUGUAUUCGCAGGUUGUCUCUCUUGGAUUAAGUUAGUGACUAUGGAAGUAUGAGCGACGCGCUGGAGAAGACUUCUGAAGUUGUCUGUGACAACAAUAACGUCUCGGAUGACCAAACGAUUCAGUUGAAUCCAGGAAAUGGAGCUUGCACAUACCACGUCGGGUCGGGGACAGAUGAAGUUUCUCAUCUUCUGUCAACACCACAGGUCACUGAGAACAAUGGGGAACAGCACAUUGUGGAUGUAGUUGAUGUCUCAAAUGGUUCUUCAACUGAAACCUCAAAGUGGCGAAGGGAGCUGCGGAGCCUGAAGACAGAACUGAAUGAGGUGGUGGUGUGGAAACUCAGACUAUGGGUGGUGAUACUUCUUAUCUUCUUAGUCAUCGCUCUGGUUAUUGGGAUCUCAGUUAUUGUGUGUGCAGUUAUUGAUGAUGAUGGGGAUGAAAAUUAUGACAAAUCAUCAUUCGUGGUGGAACGCUUCUUCAGAGGCAAAUUUACUCUGGACAACAGCAGCACUUCAUACUCUCUGGAAAAAGAGACACUGUUAGAGCAGCUGGAACAGAAGCUAACAGGAGUCUACAGUUCUUCUCCUGCGUUGGAACGGUACUUCUCUAAUGCCACCAUAAACCAUCUCCAGGACACUACAGCCCAAUUUAAGAUAAAGUUCAUGAUGCCUUCAGAACACGAGGAGUUGGUACGCUACACUCUGAGUCUAAAGAUGGUUAAAAAUGUGCUUGUGCAACACUUGUAUGAUCAGGACACUGGAGACCCCCUUUAUAUCAUACCAACAUCAGUCAGCAUGGAACUUGGCUAGAUAAGCAGAACUUGAACUACAAGAUUUUUUUCCCCCUGAAGAAA